AUGCAUCGAAUUGCUCGGAAUCCACUGCGGCUGCUUCAGAGAUGCUAUUCAAGCUAUCCCAUUGGAAACACUCAGCCGAAAACUAUAUCUGAUCUCUAUGCCAAAUAUAUGGCCAAAGAACCAAUAACGAUGAUCACCGCCUACGACUUCAUAACCGCUAGUUGGGCGCAAGAAGCCAACUGCGAUGUGAUCCUCGUGGGCGACUCAUUAGCGAUGUGUGCUCUAGGGUACGAAUCCACGACUGAGAUUGGGCUCGACGAAUUCAGGUACCACGUACAGGCGGUCUGCCGUUCCCGCGGUCCUGCUUUCGUGAUGGUUGACAUGCCAUUUGGAACCUUUGAAUCGAGUAUAGAAAAAGGCGUGGAAACUGCGAUUUCUCUUAUGAAGUGCUCGCCACGGGUUGGAGGUGUUAAGAUCGAGGUUGGGACUCCCCAAGGAGACUCCUGCGAACAGGACUACUCUCUCAAGUUGGCUACGGAGCUUUGUUCUCGAGGUAUUCCUGUGAUGGGCCACAUAGGGCUUACGCCACAACGAAUGCAUGCCUUGAGCGGAUUCAAAGUACAGGGCAGUAAGUCUGCGAAAGAUGCUGUGGGGAUCUACCGGACGGCGCAGAAUUUGCAAGACGCUGGUUGUUUUUCGGUGCUCCUUGAGUGCGUCCCGCAUAAGGUAUCCAAUUUCAUUGCCGAGAAGCUGCACAUUCCAACAAUUGGUAUAGGAGCAGGCGCAGGUGUGAGCGGUCAGGUCUUGGUGCAAUCAGAUGUGUUGGGCAUGAUGCCUGGAAAAGUUCCUAAAUUAGCCCAAAAAUUUGGCGAUUUGCACGCUCAGAGCGUUGGGAUGAUUCAACAGUAUACAAACGACGUCACGGCACAAAGCUUUCCAAACAAUGAUAAGAAUGGGUUCAAGAUCAAAGAAGAUAUAUGGUACGAAUUUCUCGAGCGUUUAGCGCAAGAGGCGAAAUAA